ACUUUCUUAAUUUCAAGUUUAAUAAAUAUUUAACUUAAAAAUUAAGUGUUGGUGUAAAGAUUACGAUCGUUCUGUAAAUAUUCACGCAGCCGCUACGAUGGACAAAUCAUUUGGAUCUAUUUAUGGGGCAUCAAAAAACAGUAACAUCUCACGCUCACGGCAAUCGCUUGGAGGCUCAUUGUUCUCAACAGGCGGACGAAGCAAAAACUCUGGCCUGCUCGGGGGACCUAGCGGCCGUAAGGGAUCCGCUCGUUACAGUUUGUCUACUCGCUCGAAUAUCUCCACUUUGCAAGUUGUUGCAAAAUCCGAUUAUAACAUCUUGGAAUGUUAUGGCCUGCCUUUACCGGUGCAGGUGAACGAGGUCCUUGCAUUCAGAGAACGGAAUGCUCCCGUAUCUAUUAACUACAGCCCGAUUGGUUGGGCUUGGUUAGUGCACGGACGACGGUUACUUAUUUGGCAGUACCGGGAAAGUCAAUCGAAAGCUUUGGCCCUAGGGUCAGGAGCCAUGAUGGGUGAUAACUUUCCAACACCUCGGAGAGCGCUUACCAGCCAGUGUCGUCAACUGACCCUACCACAUUGUGACAUAGGCCACAAGGCGACAUUAGUUUCUGUAUUUCUUUCCGAAGGUCAUCAAAUGGCAUCCUGUUUGGCAGUGUCUCCUGCUGGCGAUGUUCGCUACUGGCCAUCGAUAGCUCACGACGGUUCAUCAAUCGACGAAUGUAACAUUUUAGAAGGACAGGAAUUCGAGGAACUGGUAAGCCUGGUAAGCGGAAACUAUUUGCUAGUGACGACUACUUGCAGUUUGGUCCAGUUGCAAAUACAGCUACAAGGUGGAAGGCAAACCAUUGUGUCGCGGCAGAUUAAACCACCAUCCGGAUUUUUCGGUGGUAUCGGCAAGAAGUUCGCUUCAAUAAUUAUUGGGAUGCACAGUGUGCAAGAGCGAGAGAAUAAGCUUAUAAGGAUCAGCAGCGAGAAGGUUUCCCACCACGAGUGGCACAUAACCCUGCUAGCCGACAAAUGGAUCCAACGAUGGGCGUUCAGCCCGGGUGGCACGAAUGAGCGAUUUCUAUGUGAAGAUGCAGAAAUUAUGCGCAAAAUUCGAGACUUUUUCAUGCAUAAGUUUUGGAACGGUGUACGAGGAGACAAUAGUGAGAUCGAACUGUGGACACUUGACAUGCAGUCGACUGACCGCGGAGUUAUCAUAUUAGCAGCGGGUUGUAAUUUGCAGCGAACACCACAAGUUCAUUAUGUAUUGCUUACGUUCGUAUACACAGAAGCUGAAGGAAUGGUCUUGAAGGAGAACGCUAUUUUGAAGUACAAAGGUUAUUACAGCCGCGAGAGGGAAGAAGAAUAUCUCAAGUUCAAAUUCGUUGCAAAUAGAACCAUGGCAUAUGUUUAUAACGACAAGUACAUAUUCCCAGUUAUGUUGGACAGACAUCCGGGAAGUUCAGCCAAUAGCGAAAGCAGCAGUCCGUCGGAAGAGUUAGAGAAAAUCGAGUUCAACGUUCAAGAUGAUGGAAUUUUGGCAGCCAAUUGCUUCCAGAACAUGGCCCUAUUUUUCUCUAAAAUUCACGGAAUGGUUAUCGUUACGCCGUCAGACUUUGAACCAAACAGUGAAGUGUUUAACUCAUCCAUUUCUUCUGAUAUGUUCAAUCCUAACAUAUCAGUUAAUGAUUCUGUCUUUAUAAAUCAAUCAAUUUUCGCUCCAGCAACCACAAACGCCGGCAACCUUAUUUUGUAUGAUAUAGAUCCUGAAGAGGUCGGAAACGCAAACAAAGACAAUGUAAACCAGCUAAAAGCUGCAUUUAUUUAUCACAUAAAACGGAACAACACUGCAUCGAACGAUAUCAUCAACUCAAUACUUCAAAAUGUCGAAGAAAAAUCGUUAGACUGUGAGCUAGAUCAAAUAGUUCUCAAGAUUGCGGAAGAUCUUGCCGAAGAUAUACCAGCAGCAGAUCCUCGCUGGGAGGUGACAUCAAAGCAUGGCCUUGGCUCAUCUACGUCCAUGCAAAUUGUUCAACAGCUGCGAGAAAAAAACAUUGCGCUAACACAGUUUUUUGAAUUUUUACAUGCUUCGACAAUUUGGGACAAGCUAACUGCUGUCAGCUCGGGUGAUAUUGUUCGUCCCACGGCUCACUUGCUGUCGGAUAUUGCGGAGAAAAUAGUUGCAGCUAUCGCCAUUAAAUGUCUUCACAACAGUCAUGCCCGCAUUAUAGACGAAGCAAUCGAUAUUACUUUGCGGGAAGGAAAUCGCACGCCACCAUCCCCGAAUCUUACUAAUCAAGACCUGUUUUAUGUGCAAAUCAGUCGAAUGCACGAAAUAUUCAAAGUCCUAAGUGAACUUGUAGAGAAUUAUGUAAAACAGGAGCUCACAACGAUCCAGGUGCAAACUGCGUUAGUAGAAGUUAACACAAUUACGAUAACCGUGCUGCAAGAGGUGAUGAAGUUCCGCGAAUCAAAAGGUGACUUGUUCGUCGUAAGACAAGAACCGAGCCGAUAUGAGUAUGUUCCGUGGACUGCUUCGUCGGGCAAAUAUGGUCUGAGAGACGUUCUGCUGCACAUGAUCGUUUGUACACUUAAGUACGGCAUCAAAGGUAGUGGAGAACCGGAGUUUCGUAUCAAGCACUACAAACAGAUGACAGAAUUGAUCGAUUUUGUGCUGGAUGGAAGAAAAAAUUAUCUAGAAAGUAUCCAAGAUGAGGGCAAACGAGCGGUUCUUCAGCAACAGUAUGAAUCGCAGAGGAGCGAUUUGAUUUUUCCUCUAGUUGACUUUGAACAGUACGAAUUGGCAGCUAAACUGGCCGAAAAAUACCUAGACUUCCAAAUUCUAGUUGUGAUCUGCGACAAAACAAACAACCAGACACGACUAGAUGAUUACAUCGAACGCUACAAAGAGUACGACUUUUCGCAAUUUGCUAUAAGCUGGCAUAUGCGGCAAAAUAAGCAGGGCGAUAUUUUUCAGCGUUUCAAGGGAAAUCAGGCCGAAUUGGCACGUUUUCUUUGCGAUCACCCUUCUCUGGCGUGGAUCCAGCUAGUGUUCAACGGAGAACUAGCUCAGGCCGCCGAAGUGCUGCUAGCUCUGGCACAGCACGAAAAAGAAUUGCUCAGCCGGAAAAGAGUGAUGUUAUCACUUUCCAAGUUAUGCGCUCUUGCAGCGGAAGGUGAUUUUAGUUCCCAGAUAGCAGAAAUAAACUCCGAAGCUAGAUUGAUGGACCUGCAGGAGCAAAUCCCGGUGGAGGUUCUGAACAUCUACGGCUAUGACAUCAGAAACGCGAAGGUUUUAACCCCGGAAGAAAUUGUCGAUCUUUUCAUAGCUGACGAGUACAACAAAUCAUCGGAAGCUGAAUUCCGCAAAGCACUCGAACUUUUAGACUUUGUUGAAGAACCUAUGGAAGUGCGGCAUAAAAUAUGGUGUGCAGCAAUCCUGCGGGACAACUGGGAGGACUAUAACCGGAAUGCUCCGCUGGAUACAAUGCAAAAUAUGAUGUUCUUCAGAUUGAUUGAUCUAUGUUACAUUUUGGACGGAGAAUUGGAAAAUUUUUUGCCGCCAGUUGAAAGUUUUCUUACUGCCACAGAACUGGGUGAGCUUGUCGAAAGUAAAUCAUUUCAGUAUCUGAUAAAACUAGGUUAUGAGCAUAUUUAUGAUUCCUACAAAAAGAAAUAA